AUGAUUUCCUCUGGAGGACAAUACUACAGUCUUGGCAGAACUGAAGGUCUUUUCCUGAAGUUUAAAAUAUCCCUUGCUAUUAUCUGGUUUCACAUGGUUCUAGUUACAUCCCAGCAAGAUCAAAUAAAUUUCAAACUUCCCCCCCCUCCUACCGCAAGUACUGAUAAUUCCACUCCAUCAGCUGGAACAACUGUGGCUGCUGAUGCCUCCAUUGUGACCUUAAUCACAUCCCCCAAUGGUACUCCGGAGGUGGCAGAAGUGGAAACAACAAGCCUUGAUGGUACCUCAAAUGUAUUAUCCACUCUAAGCAGAGCAGAAAAAGCUAAAAUCACUGUAUUAAAAACCUUCAAUAUAUCAGGAGUAAAAUCUCAGAGUAACAUCUGCAAUUUGUCAUCUGUCUGCAGUGAUUCAGUGUUCUAUAGGGGUGAAACGAUAUUUGAAGACUAUGAAGAAAGCAAUAUUACCCAGAAUAACCAGGAUGCAGUCAAUGACACUUUAAUUGAAGACCUACCACUAAACAAAACAAAACUUUCGGAACUUGACAAAAUACUGAAAAGUCUAAGUGAGUCUUACUUUAUAGCAUGUGAUACACUGAACCAAAGCACCUCAAAUUGUACAUUCACAAUAAAAGUGAAUGUGACAGUGAACAUCUGCCCCUUGCUAUUUACCUUAAAGAGAACAGAGAUUCGUCAAAUCGAACAGUGCUGUUGCUCCUUCAAGACACACUGCCCUUCGAGUCCCAAAGAAUUAAAAGAAUUGCAAUGUGCUCUACAAGACCUACUCAUCUGUCAUGAUGAUACCAGGCAUCUACCCAAUCCAGUUUUUCCUUCUCCUGUCAAAUCUAUUCCAACUUCUCCUCUUGCUACGUUUUCCUCUAAAAUUACUCCUAUUUUUAUUCCUCCAAACAUAUCAGCUGGGAAUGGACUUAGUACACCUUUCAUUCAGUCUGCCACCUGGGAUAUUCAUAUUUCUCCCACUCAACCAUCCAGUCAAAUUGUCACUGGGCUGCCUCAACCAGAGCCUUCUACAUCAACCACUCCAGAAACAAUAUCUUCCUCCAUAAUACCUUCUAUUAACUCUUCAGUCUCAUCUACCACCAUCUCUACUUCUGUUACUGACCCCUCAACAAGCCUACCUCAUGGUUUAACCAAAAAUUUUACCACCAGCAGCAUAAGUGCAUCUGAAAUUGAGAACAAAGUAUCUCAAAUGGAAAAGUCUCUGUCCUCAGACAGCUUGGAGCCUAGCCUUGCGGAGGAAAUGAUCCGUGAAGUGAGCAGACUCCUCCAUGCCCCACCAGCCCUGCUCAACCCUUUGUCUCAGAGGUUGUUAAAAAUAGUGGAUGAUAUUGGCUUGAAAUUGAAUUUUUCAAACAAGACCAUCAGUUUUACCUCACCUUCUUUGGCUCUGGCUGUGGUCAAAGCCAAUGCCAGCACCUUCACCAAAACCACUUUUGCUGCCCAAGAUCCUUCAGAUCUUCAGGUUACUUUGGACACUCAAGCUCCUGAAAAUAGUAUUGGUAUUAUUACCCUCCCCACCCUGUUGUUGGACAAUUUAUCAGCUGAAGAGGCAGAGAUAGCAUCCCGAAUCCAGUUCAACUUUUUCGAGACACCUACAUUAUUUCAGGAUCCCUCACUGGAGAAUCUCUCUCUGAUAAGCUAUGUUAUAUCUUCAAGCGUCACUAAUCUAACAAUCAGGGACUUGACAGAAAAUGUGACUGUCAUGCUACAGAAUACAAGUCCUAACCAGGAUAACUUAACUGUAAAAUGUGCAUUCUGGGACCUGAGCAAAAAUGGUGGCAGAGGGGGUUGGUCUUCUGAGGGCUGCACAGUGAAAGACAAGAGAAUGAAUGAAACAGUUUGCUCUUGCAACCACCUUACAAGCUUUGGAGUUCUGCUGGACUUGUCCAGAACACCCUUACCACCUAUCCAGAUGCUGAUUCUUACAUUCAUCACCUAUAUUGGCUGUGGCUUGUCUGCAAUUUUCCUUUCAGUUACCCUGGUAACCUACAUAGCCUUUGAGAAAAUCCGGAGGGACUACCCUUCCAAAAUCCUCAUCCAGUUGUGUGCUGCCUUACUCCUCCUGAAUCUUGUGUUUCUCCUGGACUCAUGGAUUGCAUUGUACAACAUUCGAGGCCUCUGUAUCUCUGUGGCAGUAUUUCUUCAUUAUUUCCUGUUGGUUUCAUUCACCUGGAUGGGCCUAGAAGCUUUCCAUAUGUACCUGGCUCUUGUCAAAGUGUUUAAUACCUAUAUCCGGAAGUAUAUCCUCAAGUUCUGCAUUGUGGGUUGGGGUGUCCCGGCUGUAAUUAUAGUUAUUGUCCUGGCUAUAUCACCAGAUAACUAUGGACUUGGUUCCUAUGGAAAAUUCCCCAAUGGCUCACCUGAUGAAUUUUGUUGGAUCAACAAUAAUGUUGUAUUUUACAUUACCGUAGUAGGAUAUUUCUGUGUGAUAUUCCUGUUGAAUGUCAGCAUGUUCAUUGUAGUACUGGUCCAACUUUGUCGUAUUAAAAAAAAGAAGCAACUUGGUGCCCAAAGGAAAACAAGCAUUCAGGACCUUCGAAGUGUUGCUGGCCUGACUUUUCUACUGGGAAUUACUUGGGGAUUUGCCUUUUUUGCCUGGGGACCAGUUAAUCUCUUAUUCAUGUACCUCUUUUCCAUCUUUAAUACUUUGCAAGGAUUCUUCAUAUUCAUCUUCUACUGUGUAGCAAAGGAAAAUGUCCGGAAACAGUGGAGACGAUAUCUUUGUUGUGGCAGAUACAGGCUGGCCGAAAAUUCUGACUGGAGUAGAACUGCUACUAAUGGUUUAAAGAAGCAGAUUGUAAACCAAGGAGUGUCCAGUUCUUCAAAUUCCUUACAGUCAAACAGUAACUCCACUAAUUCUACCACCCUGCUAGUGAAUAAUGAUUGCUCAGUACACGCAAAUGGGAAUGGAAAUGCUUCUACAGAAAGGAAUGGUGUCUCCUUCAGUGUCCAGAAUGGCGAUGUAUGUCUGCAUGACUUCUCAGGAAAACAGCAUGGGUUUAAUGAGAAAGAAGAUCCUUCUAGCAGCAAGAACCGAAUCUCUCUCAGAAGGACUUCAAAGAGGGGGAGCCUCCACUUUGUUGAGCAAAUGUGAUUUAAAAAAAAUUCCCAGCAUGGUGCUGGGUAGUGGGGGAGUAUCAGAGUCUUAACUUUCACACAGUGUGAGGACAUAAAGCUGAUUUAUUUAGUGCUCCAUGUCCGUGGGGAGAACAGAUCCAGGACUGGCAAGGACCAGGGGUUGUGGGAAAAAAAAAGAACUUCAAAAUUCUGUUAGAGAAGAUCCAUCAGAAGCUACAUUGGAGCUCACAUGUGUUUGCAGUUUGAGUCAUCAUUCUUUCUUUUCAAAGAGAGUUUUUUUAGCAUUUUUAAAAAAAUACAAUAGUACUAAAUAAAUAUUCUAAGUAGUACCAAUGUAAAACCCACAACUGAUUACAAUUUAGACGAUGCUUAUUUCCUUUGUUAUCAUAACAUACAAUGGCUGUUAAUUACAAUUUUUGUGAGUUCAGACCUUCUUGUUGUAUAUAAGUUAAAUGCCACAGACCAUUAACAUUUUCC